AUGAAAAAGAAAAUAGAUAAAUCUUCUACAAAAAAAACCAUAUCAUGGGAUGAAGUAACUAUAAAUGAACAAGAUAAGGAAAGAGGUUCUAGAAUGAAAAUAUUAGAACCUAAUACUCCAUUCAAUUUUAUUUUAAUGGAUAGUGCCUCAGAAGAUGAAGCCUCAAAAUAUGGAGAUAUUAAAGGAAAUAAUGAAGGAAUGAAUAAUAUUGCUGAUGAUUUAAUAAGUAAAUUAAAUCAACUGGUAGAAAAGCAAGAAAGUAAGAGUUCAUCUAAUAUUGAUUUUAAAGAAAAAAGAAAAAAACAUUACAAUGAAUAUAAGAUGCUUCAAGAAUUAAGAAAAUCAGGUACUUUUGAUGAUAUAGACGAAUGUGCAUUAGAUGAAAAUGAUUCUAAUUAUGAUAAUAACAAGAUUCCAAAAUCAGAAGAAUAA